ACAUCAAACCACCGGCAUACGAAUAUAAUUAUCACAGUAGUCAACUCAGUGUUGUUCUGAAUACAGAGGAGUGCACACUUUACCUACUUACAAGUUGACAUAAUCGUCUUCGGGUAUGAUGCUGAUAGUCAUCGGCGCCCUGCUGCUAGGGUGCGCAUGCGCAGACGACGCGCAAUGGAUUAACGUCAAGUCAGGAGUUAAGGGCGGUGUCAAGGGUGGACAUCAGGGGUGGUCAGGCUACCCGUAUUACAACCCUAGCGCUCCUGGUAACACACAAGAAGGAGGCUACGGAGGGUACGUGAUGCGGUUCAACAUGACGCGGCAGCAGAACGGCUCCCAGCAGGCCACUGGAGGCUAUGGAAAGGACUUCCGCGAAGUGGGAGUUUGUUACAUAGAAGUACCAACCGCUUCUUUGGCUCGAGAUCCUGCGCAUGUACCAACUGGCAAUGGGUCUCGUCCCGACCUGAGCCGGAUAAGAACGUGCUGCAAAGGAUACGAGAGGAAUAUAGAGCUGUUCCAAGUGUGCGACCCGGUGUGCAACCCGGAGUGCGUCAACGCUGUCUGCACUUCACCCAAUGUUUGCACCUGCUACCCAGACCAUAUUAGGAACUUAGGUGGUUUCUGCAUGCCAACAUGUCCGAUUGGAUGUCAAAACGGCCGCUGCAGUGGCGGGGAGUGUUUGUGCAAAGAUGGAUAUACUUUGGAUACAGAAGGAAAGUUCUGCAAGCCUGUGUGUAGAGAAAAUUGUGGUGGAAUAGGAAAUUGUACCGAGCCCAACAUCUGUACCUGCAAGACCGGUUACCAAGCAACCCCCGAAGGCAACUGCAAGGCAAUGUGCAGUGACCAGUGCAGAAACGGAGACUGUGUAGGACCCAACGAGUGCCGCUGCAAACCAGGCUACAGGAAAUCUCAGGGACAGUGCGAACCAGAGUGCCCUCAAUGCCCCAAUGGCCGUUGCAUAGGUCCGAAUGUCUGUAGCAAUCAACCCAACCCAUCUUCAACGACUCAACCCCAAGGCUCCGUCCCACCUUACUACCCGCCGUACCAGCAAAACAACCGCUUAUAUCCAGACAGCCAAGUUCAAAACGGAACAGCACCUGGGCAAGCGUACCCUGGACAAGGCUAUCCUGGACAAACAUACCCUGGUCAAGGAUAUCCUGUACAAACAAAUCCUGGUCAAGGAUAUCCUGGGCAAGCAUACCCUGGGCAGGCAUACCCUGGGCUAAGAUAUCCUGGUCAAACAAAUCCCGAUCAAAGAUAUCCUGGACAGUCAUACCCUGGUCAAACAAACCCUGAUCAGCAAGGAAAUAGAAAUCCUCAAAAUCAUCUUUACCCUGAAAGUCACGGUUUAUCUGGGUUCGGACAGAGUGGACAAAGUGGGAUUCAGAGUCAAACUGGAUACCAAAACCAAAGUGGAUAUCAUAGGGAAACUGGAUACCAAGGCCAAACCGAAUACCAAGGACAAAGUGGCACCUACGGGCAAUCAGGACAACAAGGAUCAACAGGCCAGGCCGGGUAUUAUGGACAAAGACCACAGUACCCUGGUCAGCCAGAUUCUCAAAACCAAUUCGGGUACCCGGGAAUGGGAUAUCCUGGAGGUCGACAGCCAUCCCCUGCCAACCCUGAUGGACAAUACGAAUGUCUUACGCAAUGUGUCAAUGGCGUUUGCGUAGAAGGAAAUAUGUGUCGUUGUAAUCCUGGAUAUGUCCUGGAUCCUAGCGACUCUUCUGGAUCAAGGUGCAUACCCUACUGUCCUGGGGGCUGCCCGAACGGCACCUGCUCAGCACCCAACUUCUGCAUCUGUAACGCAGGCUACCGCAAAGACACCAGCGUCAAAGGCCGGCCGGCUUGCGUGAAACGCAUCCGAAGAUCGGCCGAAGAACAAAAACCUGAAGACAUCGCUAAGCUGUUAAUAUUUGAGAUACCAGAAUACUAAACAGAAUCCAUAGUCUAAUCCAUCCGUCUCGACAACGUUAAUAGAUUUCGAGUAUCGAAUCAUUAUAGCUUUAAGGUAAAAUAUGCCUUUACAGCCUUGUUUUAAGGCUCGAGUUGUCCAUUCAUUUACAGUCUGUUUUCAAGCGGAAACUAAAAAAUAUAAAUUAGCAGUACCAAGCUUUACAUACAUAGUGUUUCGAUAUUCGAAAUCUAUCAACUUUGUCGAGAUUUGAUGCUCUCUCGUACUGUGUUGACGUUAUUUGCGUAAACAAAACUAGUUUACUUAGGUUUUCGUUAAACUCGAUAAUAUGUUGUACCUAAAGGACCUACGAAUAGCAAUUAAAAGACCGAGCU